GCUCAGUCGAGUUGCGGUUGCCAGGGCGCGAGAUACAGUUUUCGAUCCGGUUCGCGUUCCCCGUAUCACCAUGAACACGCCGUUGUCUGGAGCGGCGGCGGUCUUGGGUGCCCUGCUGCUGACCCUGGCCCUGGUGGCCAGCGGAUCCCUGCCCCAGAGGACGCGCUCUCUGCGCCUGCCCAACGACACCUACCCGCUCUUCUACCAGCUGCACAUAUCCAGCGAUAUUCACAAGGGCACGCUGCUCUUCAGCGGAAACGCCACCAUUGACGUCGCCAUCCGGCGCUCGACGAACGAGAUAGUGCUGCACGCCAAGAACCUGUCCGACAUCCAGGUGACCGUCCACCAGCUGACCGACGGAGCAGAGGAGCUUGUCGACGACCUCACCCACACGCUCCACCCCAAGGAGUCCUUCCUUGUCAUCCAUCCGCGCGAGAAUUACCAGGCCUUCGAGGCGGGCCAGCGUUACCGCCUGGAGAUUCUCUACACGGCGAUCAUGGGAUCCCGUCCCAUGGGGCUUUACUACAUGGAUUAUCCAUCUGCGAAUGACGGAGAAAACAACCGCACCGUGUACAUAGCCGCCACGCAAUCGGAGCCGACAUGUGGACGUCUAAUCUUUCCCUGCUACGAUGAACCCGGCUUCAAGUCAAAUUUUAGCAUUAAAAUAACACAUGGCAGCAGCCAUUCGGCCAUAUCGAAUAUGCCAGUCAGGGAAAUACUUUCCCACGGGGAUUUGAAAACCACCUCGUUUCACACAACCCCGCCAAUUUCCACCUACCUCGUGGCAUUUGUCAUCUCCGAUUUCGAGAGCAUCUCCGAGACAUAUCGGGGGGUCACUCAAAGUGUCUACUCCUCGCCAACUUCCCAGGAGAAGGGCCAGAAUGCCCUGAAGAACGCAGUGAGAACUAUAGCAGCCUUCGAGGAUUACUUCGGGAUCAACUAUCCCCUGCCGAAACUGGAUCACGUGGCGCUGAAGAAGAACCACGGGGCAGCCAUGGAGAACUGGGGCCUGAUCACCUACAAGGACGUCAACUUGUUUCAGAACGGUACGACGAGCUCAAUGCAUCCAAUGUGGGACAAGAUCACCCAGAACCACGAGAUCGCCCACCAGUGGUUCGGCAACUUGGUUUCGCCCGAAUGGUGGACGUACACGUGGAUGAACGAGGGAUUCGCCACCUACUUCAGCUAUGUGAUCACCGAUUUGCUCUACCCGGAGAUGAAAUUCAUGGACAUUUUUAUGGUCGCAGAGGCCGAUAGUGCUUAUACUUACAACAGCUUCUUCGAGGUGCGGCCGAUGUCCUCCUACGUGGAGAGUGAGAAGGACAUCAUGGGCGUGUUCGACCUAAUUUCCUACAAGAGGGCCGCCUGCGUGAUCAAGAUGUUCCACCACGCCUUCCGCCAGAAGCUAUUCGUGCGGGGCAUCAGCCGCUUCCUGGAGAAAUAUCGUUACAGCACGGCCAACGAGCUGAAGCUCUUCGACGCCCUGCAAUCGGAGAUCCUGGAGGACGAGUACUUCGCCCACCAGCCGUGGGCUGCCCGGAUCAGGGAGAUAAUGCUCUCGUGGACGCACAGCGAGGGGAUGCCCAUUGUGACGGUCACUCGGAACUACGAGAACAACACAAUAUCCUUCAGCCAGCAGUCCGUCCACUUCAAGGAGGAACUCUGGUGGAUCCCACUCAACUUUGCCACUGCCAAAUCACCGACUUUCGAGGACACCCAAGCGAAUAUAUUCAUGCCACCGCAGACGCACUUUUCCGUGGCUCUGGAGGAUCUGAAUAUCCAGCUGGGGGGAAAGGAUUGGCUUAUAGUGAACAAACAGCAGACGGGCUUCUUCCAAGUGCACUACGAUACGGAUAACUUGAUGGCCAUCGCCCGGCAGCUUCAGGCCAACCACUCGGUUAUUCAUCCCGCGAAUCGAGCUGCGUUCUUCCGGGAUCUGAAGCCCCUGAUCGAGCACAAUGAAAUCGAGCAGGUGCAAGUGGUGUUCGAGAUGCUCAAGUACAUGGAGUUCGAGGAGGAUAUUCUCACGUGGACCCAGGUGGCGGAUUCCAUCGAGUGCUUGACCCGAAACCUGUUUGGAACCUCCUCGCAGAAGCUUUUUAGCGAGUUCGUGCGCCGCCUGGUCAGACCGAUUUUCAAACGUGUUUACGGGGAAGAGUCCAUGAACACUCACUUGGAUCCUAGCAAGGGAAUCCUUGAAAUGGCUUGUCAGGCAGAUCUGCCGGAGUGUCUAGAGUACGCACGUCAUCUGGCCAAGGAAUUCUUCAUCAAUAAGAUAAACCUGCCCCCCGAAACCGAGUACUUUGCCGCCUUCGAUACCACUUUGUGCCUUGGAAUGCGAUACCUGAGCGACCAGGACUUCCACAGGAUAAUCGAUAUGAUGAAGGAAGCGGAUCGGGAAUCGGUGUUCUUUGAAGACGUGGUCUACUCACUCCGCUGCACGCAGAGCCAUCGUCACCUGUUGAUCUACCUGGAAACCCUGGUGGGGGAUAGGUCCAGGCUCCUUAACCUCACCGAUCCCGAGGCCAUGAUGUAUCUCUUUGCCUUCAAGUCCAACCCGGCAUCCCGACCCGUCAUCUGGCAGUACAUCGAUCGCAACUACAGGCUGCUCUGCCAGGUGGCAAACUUUGUGGAUAACUUCAACCAGAUCGCCGAGUUCGUGCCCAGACAUCAGAGGCCGCAAUUUGUGAGAUUGCGACAGGCCAUUCAUAGCCACAUGGAACUGGAGGGUUUGGAAACGAGACACAAACUGAUCGAUUCCGAUUCGCCGCUGGUGGGAAAGAAGGUCAGAGUCAGCGAAGCUUUCCAGGACAAGUUCGAGCAGCAGAUCCACGAUUGGCUGCUGGCGGAGGUUCCCCAGAUGACGAGCAGAAGUGACGCUCUUUUGGCCGCCUCCCUCAGUGCGGCCAAUGGAUCCAGUCGGCCACAGGGAAUCCUGAAGGACGCCACUCGGGUGGUGCGGAGUGCGUUACGAAUAAUAGAUAUGUAUAGGUGAUCGCCACUGUUUCUACGAGAGACUAUAUGAGUACAAGUUUAAAACAAAUAAAUUAAUUCCUACAAACA